AUGGUGAGUCGUCUUCUACAAGUCGAUGGUGACCUUGUCCGUAUAAAAGGAAGAGAGGGUAUUACUCCUUUGCAUUAUGCAGUAGUAGUAGAUGAUCAACUUGAUCUAUUGGCUGAAUUUCUCUCAAUCUGUCCCGAUUCUAUUGAAGAUGUGACGACUCGAAAUGAGACUGUUCUACAUAUAGCUUUGAAAUAUAAUAAGUUGGAGGCUUUUAAAUUCUUGGUGGAAUGGAUUAGACAAAAAAGGUCUAAGAAUUCCAUAUUUUGGGAGAGGAAAAUCUUGAAUUGGAAGAACGAGGAAGGCAACAUUGUGUUGCACAUUGCAAUAUCCAAGAAUCAACCCAAGGCUGUGAGGUUGUUAUUAAAAUCUGGUGUUGAUAUAAACGCAAAGAAUUUAAAGGGUUAUACAGCAGGGGACAUCUUGGUAGAACAAACACAAGCAGAAAACAACAACGAGAUCAGGGUUAUUCUACAGCGUGCUGGAGCUUUGUUAGCUAAUUCAUCUCCUCCUGAUUAUAAUUAUUCACGUUACCUACGUUCCAUAGUCUCAUCUCUUGAGGAAUCACUAAUACGCCGCUGUCGUAAAUGGAGGAUUUUAUCAGAGGACAAGCGCAAUGCACUUUUGGUGGUUACUACACUGCUUAUAACAGUGACCUAUGAAGAAGUACUCAACCCUCCUGGGGGAAUUUGGCAAGAAGAUCGCUCCAGUAAACAUGGAAUCCAUAAGUCCCAUGCCAUGAUUGCAGGGACUCUCAUUGGCCUUAGACUUCUUCCUUUUUGGUUGUUCUUAGCUUCAAAUUCUGUGACAUUUAUGUUCUCAUACGUAACAAUUCUUCUUCUCAUUCCAUUUGAGUAUGAUAUACUCCGCAUAGCCUUUUUCUCCCUCUCUUUUUGCUAUUUUGCUUCAUUGACGGUCAUAGUCCCAAAUCCUAUUUGGUUUUGUUUUCCUUUUAUUUAUGUUAGCCUGCUUCUCAUUUUCUUAUUAACUACAAUAUGGUUGAUUAAGUCCAGACUCUUAAAACGCUACAUGAUUUAAUGAUGAUUCAUUCAUGGAAGAAGAAUUGAUGGAAAAAUAAGCCAAGCUUGGAGGCUUGGAGCUGUAUCCUGUAUGCAUCUGAAACGUGUGUGUUAAUUUUUGGUGCUUUUAAUUUCUAGCUGCACGAUUCAAUGCUGAUUCAUUCAUGGAAGAAGAAUUGAUGGAAAAAUAAAUACCAAACAUCAAAUUUAGUUGGAUUCCUAGAGAAGCUAAUGUUGCGGCCCAUACCUUAGCAUCUUGGUCACUAUGUAACAGACUAGCUAACUCCUUUGGUUUAGGUUCUGCUCCUCAAUCCUUUUGUAAUGUCACAUUGUUGGAGCAAGCCAAUAUUUUGUAAUUGAUCCGUUUCCUUCUCAAUAAAAUUCCUUUGCAGUUAAUCAAAAAAAAAAAAAAAUAAGCCAAGCUUGUAGAUUUCUGGUGCAUUUGAAUGGUUUUAGGGUAGUCCUUUGAAUGGUGCUUUGAAUGGUUUGGAGCUGUAUGCAUUUGAAACAUGUAUGUUGAUUUUUGGUGCUUUGAAUAGUUUUAGGGUAGUCCUUCCUUGAGUUCUAAGUUGUUCUAUGUAUAUGUGAUUUUUUAAGUAUAAAAAUUAAAACUAAUUACUACCAUAGUUUAAGAAAAAGAAAAAAAAUGUAUCUGAAUGCCUAAAUCGUUAACUUUAUAAAGUUAUUUUUUUUUAUUGGUUGUCUGUUUGCGAUAUUUUUUUAAUACAAGCCUGCAAGCAGUGCCACUACUCUGAAUGGUGCCACAUAAAAGCCCCACAACAACUCUAAUUUUCCAAUUCUUCACAAAUCUAAUUUUCAACUACAUUGCAUGUGUGCAUGCAACACAUACAUUUGUGAUCAUGAAUGAUAAAAAUUCAGUCUCCCUUUCAAUAAAAAAGACAGUUCACUAAAUUGCAUGCAUGCACACAACACAUACAUAUGUGAUCAUGAAUGAUUAAAAUUUAGUCUCCCUU